AUGGCAGAGAACGUGGAUGCGCGUCCAGGGGACGACUUCGCCCAAUGGGUGGAAACAACACGAGCAAGAUACAUUGGCCAGGAUCUACGCGAAAAUUCCCUUACCUACAUUCCAUAUUCCGAGUUGACAAAGUACUGGAGUAUCACAAAGAUCAACGCGGUGCUUCGAUCCUAUGACAAGCCGCUGCCAUUUGAUGCGCCGAGCAUCCAAUCGGCCUACCUGCGCAUCUUUUCUGCCCUCGUUUGGACCGGCACCACACGACGUUUUCUAGGUCUAGUUCUGACCGAUGCCCUGGACGAUCACCGAUGGCCCUUGGUCGACCCUCCAAGGAAUUGGCAUAUCCACAACCGUGGCGCUUUGGGUGACUUUGAGAAUCUCCAAACGGAACAAUGGAUUUUCUUCCCAUAUCACUUUGAAAAGACUAGGCUCUAUAAGACCCAAUUGGAAAGUGAUUGUAUUCUCCCCAUCGAGUCACUUGAGACCAUCUUUAAGCGCGGCGAGUCUCUUGUUCAUAAAAUCAAGAUCAAUGACGACUAUAAUGGCUUGGGCUCCGAGUCAAAGGGAGGAUAUCUUGCCCUCAAAGAAUAUGAGCUCAAGUAUGCCGAGGAGCGUUACCAGACAGAAGUCGAUGCUCUGACGAUGCUCCGUCAAAGUCCAUCCGAGAAUCUAAUCACCUUCUACGGCUCUUUCCGCAAAGAUGGCCAUGGUUUCAUUAUCCUGGACUUUGCCGACGGAGGCGACUUGAAGGCGUUUUUCCAGGAAACGCCUCCACCAAUGACGGCUGAAGACACCCGGGUCUUUUGGAAAAGUCUCAUCAUGUCACUACAGGGUCUCGACAGGAUACAUCAAUUGAUGAGCGUCGACAGUCACAUGAAGAGUAUUAUCCAAGGUAUCCACCAAGACAUCAAGCCUGCCAAUAUUCUUUUGAUGAAGGGUUCGUCGGGUUCGCCCUAUGACUUCCAGCCCAAGAUUGCAGACUUUGGUUUAUUCAGUCAUGCGAGGAAGACAAGAAGCAAUAGUGACGAAGCCAAAGGCCCAAAUAAGUACGGUAACCAGAUCUACAGCGCCCCCGAAGUCAGCACAAACGUGCGCAACAAAUUCAAAGGGAUCAGUCUAAUCACCCCAGGUGCCGACAUCUUUUCUUUCGGCGCAGUAUUGAGUGCUGCCGCUGCUUUUGUGGCCGGUGGCACCCAGCUCAUUCAAGAAUAUCUUGUCAAGCGGAAAGCUGCACACGCCAAACUAAGGAGAUUCUCCAAGACGGACUUUGAGGGUUGUUUUCACGCCGGGACAGAAAAGUUCCCAGUCAUUGAAGAGAUGCACAGCUACAUCAAAACAUUCUGUCAGGACAAAAGACACGACCUCAUCACUCCACAGAUUCUCGAUAUUGUACAGCAACACAUGCUACUCCCAAAGUCGUCCGAGCGAGAUCAGGCCGCCGUGCUGAUAGACCGCUUCAAUAAUAUCCUUUGGAGCGAGCCACUGACCCCGACCAUUAGUCUUUCAAUCCGGCGGAGGUCAACCUGGAUGACAAGUAGCGACAACGGUGAGACGACGCCAACCAGUCUCAAAAGCAUCCGCAGCAUCAACACUUUUUUCGAGGGUGGCAAAAGCUGGCUGGGUAGCCGGGCGGCCGAGAACAGCAAGGUCCUCGACUCGACCGUCAAGAACUUGAUUGACCAAAUCACGCGGAAUCUGCGGGACCGUGACCAGUUCUUCUUCAUUGACGACUCGACCAGCAUGAGGCCGCACGAGCGCAUCGUGCUCGAGGGUUUCCAGGCCCUCUCGUCCAUUGCCAAGCGGCUCGACCCAAACCGGGUCGAGCUCGCGUUUGCGUCGCGGCCAAAGGACGUCUACCGCGCCCGCGCCACCCGCAAGCUGGUCAAGAUUGUAAAGACGCACCGGUACGAGCACGAACCGACCAUGAUGGCCAAGAGUCUGUCGGAGCUCGUCGAGCACCAGAUUAUCCGCAAGCUGCCCGUCAAGAAGAUGGGCUUCAAUAUCAAUCCCAUUGCCCGCAAGCAUGUCAGCGUGUACAUAUUCACGGACGGAAACUGGGGCGACGACCCAGAGGGUGCCUGCCACGUCGAGGAUGCCGUCAAGUACCUAAUGGACGAGGUCGGCCGCCGUCGUCUCACAAGGCAGCAGGUCACCCUGCAUUUCGUCCGAUUUGGCGACAGCGAAGCGGGCGGUCGCCAUCUGGAGUACCUGGAUCGUUUUGGAGAGAAAUAUGAUUGCGACAUUGUCGAUGUAAAACAUAUCUCGAGUGACGUUGAAUCAUUAUUUGUUGGGCCGCUCACAUAUCAUAAUGAUAGGAGGGACGAGACGCGGUAG